AUGCCACGACCACCAUCUGCCACAAAAGCUGCCAGAAAUUCUAGGGUCCAAAGAAUGAAAAAAAAAGAAUAUAUUAAGAAUAUAGAAGAAGAAAUUAAAAAACUUCAAUCGGAAAACGAACAAUUAAAAUCGAAACUGUUAGAUCGCGAAUGGGAAUUCAAAAAUUUAGCUGACAAAGGUGGUAUAAUCGUUGAGCUAAAAAAUAUAAUUUCCGAACAAAAAAUUCUGAUUUCCGAGCAAAAAAAAAUAAUUGCCAAUCAUCAUAAUGGUCAUGCCAAUCAUGCCAAUCAUUAUAUUAUAAAUGGUGGGCGAUUUCCCACAAAUGACAACAGUAUGACUAACAACAAUCAAAUUAAUACCGAUACCAUUUAUGAUGACAUUAAUUUUAACAACUUUAUUGAUCUUCAGGAAGUCGAAAGAGACGGCAGCAAUAACAUGAACCAUCAAGAAUCUUAA